AUGUACAAGAUACCAUUUUCACUCUAUUCACCAUUCUUUGUCAAAGAAUAUAUAGGAUUUUUCAGUAUAUAACUUUAAAUACCAUUUCUCAAAAUGAUUUGUUUUGUCAUCCUCUAUGUCGGAAAUCUUCACUUCAUUAGCAUUUACCUACUCCAGACUUUCCUAUUGAUUUUCUAUCUGCAAUCGGAAGUUUAUAUAACAUGAUAUAUACAGCAGUUUAAUUCCUAAGAUCAUGGCAAAAACACCAAUUUGAUUAAAUGGAUGUUGGCAGUUUUUCCUAAUUUACUGAGUCAUGAAAAAGAAAUUCCCUAUAAAAUCAUUUGAACCUGGCUUUAUCCAUUGUUCAGAUUUAUGUUCUGGAAAUAUACAGUACAUAUAAUAUCUCAAUUAGCUAAUGCUUCAUGUGUAUACUUUACCUUAACAUUUUAGAAAUCUUUUAAUACAAAACAUAUUUGUGAGUAACACACCUGGGGAAGUUUUAUGGUGAUAUGUGUUUGUUCCCUGGUGACAUGUAAACAACACCACAUGUGUUUAGAGAAGCUUUUAAAGCCCACAUGAGAGCCGUGUUGUUUGAAACCAGUCAAUUAUUCGUGCAUUAAAUAUUCAUCUGUUCACUUCUGCCAUUAUUUGCUCGCUGGUUGCAGUUCAUUUCCCGGCCAGCAGGCAGAGACGUCCUCUCUAUCGAUCAUGAGUGAAGAAGCAGGAAAAGAUCAAAAUGGCGACGCACGGAGCAGGUAGGAGGACGCGUUGCUAUGGACGACCAGCUGGUGUACUGUCGUCUGUUACCUUCCAGCUGCUGCUCAACCUGACAUCACUCUACUUUGUCUUCUAUUUCCUCUUCACUCUGGGCUUGAUCAUCAGAAAGAGCCUGGUGCUGUCUUACCCUGAGGAUGACCUGAUCUGUGAUGUCAGUCUGCUGUUCCUCCUGGCUGCUCUGGACGUCCUCCAUUUCUUCUGCGGCGUGAAGGGCAACCUGACAGAGAGUCAGGGCUAUAUCCUGGCUAACCUCAUCGUGACGGGGACGACUGUCCUGCUCGCGGUCUACUUCCUGGCAUGGCAGACGUACGUGAUGAGGGCAGACAUAAUCAUCAGCGGUGUCUUGCUCGUCGUCUAUGGCCUCGAUGGGGUCCUGGCUGUCAGCACUCUAGCCCGACUGGCCAGUGUCUAUUCAUGAAGACGCCUCCUCUUCAUCGUCACAUUGUAUGUUAUAGAUGAACUCACAGCCUGGCAGCACUUCUUUGUCACAAAUAGAAUCAGAAGUGACUUUGUUUUUAAAGGCACAGUUCACCCCAAAAUAAAACAAAACAAAACACACACAUUUCCUGUAGUGCUAUUUAUUAAUGUAAAUUGUUUUGGUGUGAGUUUGCAAGUUGACAAUGUCGGCCUCCUCUUGAAUAAAGUGGAACUAGAUGGCUUGUGGUGCUCAAAUUGCCAAAUAUUAACAGAAAUUAUGACCCAGUUACUAAAGAUAACCCACACAACUUGUUGUGAGCAGUUUCAUGUAGGAAAUUAUUUUCUUUCAUUAUCAUUAGUGUUGAAGGAAGUGUACAUUGACUCAUCGACAAGAGAAUAGCUGACUAAUCCUGCUUGUUGUUCAAAUGUUGUUGUUUUUUUGCUGCUUUGAGCUCCAGAGGCCAAAGUUCUCUAUGGCCCAUAUCUCCAAAUGGCGCAAAAUCACAUCAAAACAAUCUAGAUGGAUAAAUAGCACUACAGGAAAGAUGGAAAAUCCGUUUGAUUUGGAGAUGAACUGUCCCUUUAAGCCCUUUAAAACAGCUGGAGUGUGUGUAAGGUGAAGACAGUUUUUUUAUUAUUGUUAUUUUUCAUUAUUGCAUUUGUAAAAAGAAAACAACAAAAAAUUAUGGAUAUUUCUUUAAAGUGCAUUUUAGCUAUCAGCAUUUCUCAGGGAUUUCACAUGGGUGCAGUCAGACAUCUGUGCCAUUGAAACAUAUUGACAGUUUUCUUUUUUUUAAAUAUUUCCUCUUGUUCCACUGUGUAUAUAUAUAUAUA